CAACAGCUCCAGUUCAACCUGCAGAACACAAGGAACAACUUUGUGAGUACGAAGCAAGAGGUAGAGAAACUGAUGAAGAGAAUCAGAUCAGCUGAUCAGGACUACAAACCUCCAGGGCAGUGGACCAUGGAGGGGUUCCUCUACGUCCAGGAGAAACGGCCACUGGGAUGCACGUGGACGCGACACUACUGUACGUAUGAGAAAAGCAGCAAAGCCUUCACCAUGACCACCUUUGAAACCAAAUCAGCUGGCAAACAGAAUGGUCUGGUGGUGAGUCCAUCUGAGAUGUUCAAGCUGAAGUCCUGUAUCCGAAGGAAGACCGACUCCAUCGACAAGCGUUUCUGCUUCGACAUCGAAGUGGUGGAGAGGUCUGUCAUCAUUAUUCAUAUCAGUAUUUGUAUGAAUCAUCUCAUUAAUAUUAAAAUGCCGCUCCUAUUUAGCCUGCUGGUCCCUGCCCUGUCUGUGCUCUAGCCAAAUGGCUAUGACUAUGGCAACGGUAGUCAAUGAUGAUGACAGUAACAGACCCAGUUGUCAUCGUAA